AUGUCGUCUUUCAGCUGCGACUUCUCCUGCUUGGCCAUCUUCGACCCUGUCUGCGCCUCGAAUGGCGAGACCUUCAGCAACGCGUGCGAGUUCAACCAGACUCGGUGCUCUUCUGGCAACGCCACGCUCGAGAUCGUGGCGCAGGGAGCGUGCUCCAGUGCAAGCGCCAGUGGCAGUAGAAGUGGAAGUGGAAGCGGGGCCAGUUGCCUUCAGGAGUUCGCGUGUCUGGACGUGUACACGCCCGUGUGCGGCUCCGACGGACAGACGUACAGCAACGAGUGUUUCCUGAGACGAGCUCAGUGCUCCGACCCGACGUUGAUCAUGACGUCGAGCGGCGAGUGCGCGACCACCAGCAGCAGCAGCAGCUCAGCAAGUGGCGGCAGUGCCGGGGCUGUGAGUUGCGUCGAAAGCGUCUGCACGAAGGAGUUCCUCCCUCAGUGCGGAUCGGACGGCGUCACGUACAGCAACAAGUGUCUCCUUCAGAAUGCCCAGUGCAUUAACGUUUCGCUCGCGCUCGCGUUUGAAGGGGAAUGCACCACUGCGAUCGGGUCGUCAGCGUCGAUAUCGGGGCCGGGGCCUGCAGUCGGGUCAGAGUCGGCUAUUGGCUCGGGCUCUGCUUCAUCUCCGGAGACGAACGCCGCGAGCUCCAGACGGAAGUACACCACGUUGGCUACGAUAGUGUCGACACUUCUUUCACUUCUAGCGUUGUAG